AUGUCUAUUAACCGUACACUUGCUGAACGUAUUGGACGAUUUGCAUUGUUUGAAUGUACUGCUGACUUGUCUCAUUUGAGUACACAUGAACAUGCUGCUUUAAAAAGACUUGUAAAGGCAGGAGAUUAUUUCAAUCAACUUUACAUGAGACAAGCUUGGAAAGGUAAUGAACAACUUCGUAAAACUCUAUAUCAAACUGGAAAUAAAGAACAAUGCACUUUAUUUGAAAUGUAUAAGGGUCCUUGGGCUCGUGAAGAUGAUAAUGUUCCCUUUUUAGAGAAUAUCCCGAAGCGUCCAGAAGGUGGUAAUUUUUAUCCAGAGGACAUGACAAAGGAGGAGUUUGAAAAAUGGAUAACUACCUUAUCUCCCGAAAAACAAAGGGAGGCGAAAAGCUACUAUACAAUCAUUAUAAGAAAUUCUAAAGGCGAGUUGGAGUCUGUUCCUUAUUCAAAGGCUUAUGCUGAUCUCUUACAGCCUGCUGCUGUUCAUAUUCGUGAAGCAGUUGAGGAGUUAAAAAAGGAAACCACUUUUUCUCAUGACAAAGAAGGUACACGUAUUGAGGACUUUUUAGCUUCGCGUGCAGAUGCCUUUGAAUCAAACAACUAUCUUGACUCUGAAUUAGAUUGGCUUCGUCUUGGUAAAUUCAACAAGUUAGAAGUCACGAUGGGUCCUUAUGAACAGUAUACAGAUGGUAUCUUUACCUUUAAGAGUGCAUAUGAAUUUUAUAUUCAUGUUCGUGAUGAACAAUCUUCUAAAUUACUUGAAAAGUUUUCUGAUCUUCAGUUUGUUGAAGAUCGUUUGCCUAUCCCUGAAAAAUAUCGUAAUGAUAAGUUAGUUGCUGCUCCUAUUGUUGUUGUGAAUCAACUCUAUGCUGCUGGUGAUGUCGCUGUUCCUAUGACGGCUGCUUAUAAUCUUCCUAAUGAUGAAGAGGCUAUUAAGAAAGGUGGUUCUAAAUUGGUCUUAAUUAAAAAUGUACAAGAGGGUAAAUUUGAAAAGGUAUUGAAACCUAUUGCAGAACAAGUAUUAGAAAAGGAACAAUUGAUCUAUCUGACCAAGGAUGCAUUUACAACUCAUGUUUUACUCCAUGAAGUAUGUCAUAGUAAUGGACCUCAUCAUACAUUAAGUGGAGAUACAGUUCGUUCUAAACUUCAAGAAUACCAUUCAGCUCUUGAAGAAGCCAAGGCAGAUAUUGCUGCUUUAUUUGCUGCUGAUUUAAUGGUAGAUCAUGGUACAAUUGAUAAUGUAACUCAAAACGAAUUUUGGGUUACCUUCUUGGCUUCAGCAUUCCGUUCUAUUCGCUUUGGUAUUCAAGAAGCACAUGGAUUAGGACAAGCUAUUCAAUUAAAUUAUUUAUUAAACAAAGGAGGAUUUAAAUAUGAUGAAAAGACGAAAAUGUUUAGUGUUAACUUUGACAAGAUUCGAUCUGCAGUAUCUGAUUUAACACAUGAUAUUUUAGUUCUUCAAGGAGAUGGAGAUAAAAAGGCAGUAGAUACAUUUGUAGAGAAAUAUGGUGUACUUGAUAAAGAUACAAAAGAAGCUUUAGCUCGUAUUGAUCAUGCUGGUAUUCCUGUUGAUAUUCGUCCUCUUUAUCCUCUUGAGAAUGAAUUAUAA